AUGACUUCAGCUGGGGAGAGGCAACAUUAUGCACUUGCCCUCAUCAAAUCUCUUUUUGGCCAUCUCCCAGAUAAUUUUCAUAUUGGGCUGUUAUAUGACAUAGGUUGUCAACUGGAACAGAGCUGCAGGAAGUGGGGUUUUCUCAAGUCAUUUCUGCCACAUAUUUCUUUUGCCAUCUCAGUAUUUCAUGCCUCUGGAUUUGGGCUAUCUGAUGGAGAGGGAUGUGAGCAUUUUUGGAGUUCAAUCAAAGGACUGAUACCAUCUCUUCAUGUUUCUGGGUAUCAUCAAUGCCUCUUUGUUAUUGACUUCCAGGUGUGCCACCUGGACAUGAAGAGUCUCACUGGUUUGGGCCAGUGGCUUUUUCAUUGCUGGAAUCAUUGCCAAGAAAAGAAGGCUGCUGCAAACAGAGGCCUAAGGAGAUGUGGAGUUGAUAUCCCAACUCUUCAAGCUGAAUGGGUUGCUCAAAAAUCAUUGGCAAAUUAUGAGGCCAAGCUAGAAGUGCUGGAGAAAGAUCUUCUCCAUGGGGUUGCUGACAUGACAAGCUUGAAUAUCCAAAUUGCAGAGUGUCAUCAAAAGGUUAAGUGUUUUAAAGAAGCUUUGCAGAACCAGAGGGCAACCCUAGGCAUAAAUGGGCAUUCAAAUCUUGCUAGUAUCCAAAAGAGUGCUUAUCUUCAACUUCUCAUGCAUGCAUUAGCAAUAAAGAAAUGUAUCAGAGAUUGUCUGUGCCAAUGA